GCGAUUUAUAGUCGUGCGUAGGUCCUACGGCGUAGCAUCGACGCCGUAGCCUACGCGUCGGUUUUCAUUUAUACUUCUGCGUCGGUGUCCGCGUCGACGUGUAUGUACACAUGCAGACCGCUAGUUAGCAGUAUCCACGAAAAUCUAACCAACAGUAGCAGCAGUGCAACAGCCGAAGAAGCAGCAUUGUGUAUGUUUGAAAGAAACAGGCAGUGAUGGCGGCACGUCGACAGCGACUAUUGUUGGAGCUUGAAAUGUUAAACAUUGAAGAGCAGAUUAUUUUUCUUAAACUACUAAAAAGGAGACGACGAAUUGACAGAAGAUGGGGUGUUCGACCAUUGCAUCAAACGAGAGAACAUGAAGAAGAGUUUGUCACGCUUGUCCAACAGAUGCGGGACAUGGAUGAGGAGAUGCAUUUCCGAUAUUUUCGUAUGUCGGCAAGUCGAUUUGACGAUUUGGUUCGUCAUUUACAACCCUUUAUAAGUCAUCAGUCGACCCAUGGUAUGCCAAUAGAUCUUCGGCAAAGACUGGCAGUGACCCUUCGUUUGUUAGCUUCAGGUGCUAACCAACAAACAGUAGCUGCUAGCUACAAAAUAGCGGCAUGCACAAUGUCUUCUAUAGUGUCCGAGGUCUGUAAAGCACUUUGGAAAGCAUUGCAGCCAGAUUUUCUACCAUGCUGCAAUGCAGCGCAGUGGGAAGCUAUCGCAGCUGAUUUUUGGCGGUUGUGGAACUUUCCGAACUGUGUUGGAAGCAUCGAUGGAAAGCAUGUAAACAUCAAGGCCCCGCCGUCAUCUGGUAGUGACUAUUUUAACUACAAGGGUGUACACUCCAUUGUCCUUUUGGCUACCUGCGACGCCAGGUAUAGAUUUACCAUGGUUGAUGUGGGAGGAUACGGGCGAGAAAGUGAUGGAGGAAUCUUUAAGGAGAGCAAAUUUGGUUCCAUGUUGCUCGAGCAGAAACUGAAUCUGCCCCCGCCAGCCAAUCUCCCAGGGACCAGGGUCACACUGCCACAUGUGAUAGUUGGAGAUGCUGCUUUUCCACUUCUGAAUAAUCUCAUGCGUCCCUUUCAAGGAGGCGCAAACAUGACAAUGGAAAAGCAGAUUUACAACUACAGACAUUCCAGAGCCAGACGUAUUAUCGAGAACAGCUUUGGAAUUUUGGUGGCAAGAUGGAGAAUUAUGGGACGAGCCCUGGAAUUCCAUCCGGACAAAGCAGUCGAUGUUGUUAAGGCGUGUGUCAUGCUGUAA